UGCUGUGUGGGGUGGUGUUACAGGCGGUCCUUUCGUUCUUUAUUUCUUUAGUGCUCUAUGAAAAUAGCUCAUCAAUCUACACAAUGCAGCUAAACCCUGUAUACUUAAUGGAAUAAUAAUUUGAUCUCGACAAGAUGAAGUCAAAUAAAGGUAUUUGAGGUGUUACUGUUAUGUGCUCUUGGUAAUGUUUUAUGACAGCAACACUCAGACUGAAAACAGAACCGUAAUAUACGAAGGAAAACAGACCGACCGUGUCAUGAAUCAAUGUGACGUGCGUGACGGGGCAUGCAGGAUCGAGGCAUCUGAGGAGGGCGGUGGCAAGUGACAUGGACGGAAGGAACCGCUGCCCCACACCCAUCACUCGCACAGCUCGCCAUGCACGUGGGCUGCCUGUGUUAAGUGUUCCCUCAGGAUUCGCAUUCUUUGACACAACAUCUUCAUAUUCGUAAAUAGAACUAUUCCAGUUCCACUCAGGCAGGUACGUAAGCUGCAAACGUUAUUUUCCUCGGCACGGACGAGGACGUGCCCUCGAUGCGGCAUGACCAGGGCCGCGAGGACAGGCUAAAGAGGUACUACUAGUACGGCCUGGCAACUCGAGCGCAGGAAGCGCCCACAUAUGAGAUCACUUAGUACAGUACUGUGAAAACGGUAAAAAUGCAAAGUGGUGUUAUGUUUGGAACUGAGUGACUUACAGUGAGACAACCUUAAAGUGAGCAGUGAAGUGGUUACAUAAAUUGCGUUGAACCUGCCGUGAUUCGUAACUUGAUUAGAACAAUAUCAUAAAUAUUUGGUGAAUUUGAACACAUACAGUGACAACACACGCAGCGUUCACAUCGAUCAUGGCAUUAAUGUAAAGACUAACAACAGUUGUGAUCACGGCUUUCUGCACAACGGUUCAGCGAAAGCUUCCAGCCUUCCACCAAGUGGCGUGUGAAUACCGUGACGUCACAUCCCACAUGUGUCGACCAAAACGUCAGGAUCCCAUGAGGGUGAAGCAGUGAGUACGUGAGUGGAGUCCCAGCGGGCGAGAUGUGGUCGUCGGUGGUGGGCGGGGCCGGCGCGGAGGUGCCCGGCGCGCGCCACAAACACGCCAUGUGCGUUGACCACCCGCACGUGUACCUUCUGGGCGGCCGCCACGGCAACCUGCCCCUCAAGGAUUUCUGGACCUAUGACCUCGUGACGAGGACGUGGCGGGAAGUACGCGAGGACCAGGGGGAGCGGCCGCCGUCCCUGCAGCAACACACCAUGGUGCGCGCCGGGGACUGUCUCCUUGUGUUCGGUGGGGAGCUCUGCAUGUCCAACGAGACCCCGCUCUGGCUCUAUCGGCCACAGACGAAAGUGUGGCAAAAGUGGAGACCAGAGCGUAGCAGACGAGGAAUGGGCUGCGGCGUGGGUCAUAACUCUCGGCGAGGGGGCAGCGCGGGGCCAACGGGGAGACGUGCCCACACUGCCCUCAUGGUUGGAGAGAACAUGCUGGUGUACGGCGGCUACCAGGACCUACGGGGCUCCUCCGCCGAGCUGUGGAGCUUCAAUACACAGGAAGAGACCUGGAGCCCCGUGGCGUCCCGUGGGGAGCAGCCCGCCCCGCGCCACGCCCACUCUGCCGUGCUGCACGACGACGCCAUGUGGGUGUAUGGCGGCAUGACGGACCUGCAGGAGCGCAACGACUUCUGGCGCUUCGAUACAGUGGGAAAGACCUGGACUCAGAUAAGGUCACGCCCCAACCCUGGGUACCUGCACUCCCACGUGGCCGCCAAGCUUCACUCCUCCAUGGUGGUGUUCGGCGGGGAGCGGCAGGGCGAGGUGCUCAACGACCUGUGGCGGUAUCACUUCGCUACCGGUGUGUGGGAGCGGCUUGUGUCCUCCGGAAUUAAGCCUCAGCCCAGAUCUCAGUUCUGUUCCUUCGUGGCUCCAUCUCACCACACCAAGGGACCGCGCUUCCACACGCCAUCCCGCGCAGGCUCCUCCUCCGCCGCAAGUAGCAGUAGUGGCUACAGCAGUUCCCACAGUCAUGAUUCUUAUCGCACCAGAAGAGUCCACCCUGAUGAUUCCCUGGGCCCUGGAGGCAUGUCCAAAGGUACUGGCGGAACCACAAGAAUGUCCAGUGCGAAUACAAAAUGUUCUUGUCAGGAGUGCAUGGAGGAGGACGAGGAGGAGGAAUUGGAUCCCAGUCGCCUCCGCUCACUCAUUCAGAAGAACUGCACCAACGCCUCCACCACGCAACUCAAGCUGUCCAUUUCGAAGUUUUCUCAGUUGAACUUAUCUCACCUAGGCAAAUACUACAGCUAUAGCAUGCUCAGCAAUGACAGCACUGAGAGCAUCGUGGAGGAGUCCCUUGCAAGCACGUGCGACAGUCUCGGCAGCAAGAUCGUCAAAUCCCAGAGCAUCCACCUGAUGGGCAAGGAUAAGGAAGGGAGACCCGAUGGAAUGCCGACUGGUUUAACAAGAGACAUAGUUUCUGUGCCAAAUUUUGGUGAUUUGAAAGAUGGUGACGGGGAAGGUCCAGCUUCUCAGAUGCCAGUCAAUCACGUCAAGGUGAUUACGGUGCUGCCGGCGGAGGGCCAAGCUGAAGCCAGCCUGGAGGAUGAUCCUGCUGACUUAGUAGCAGACAUCAAAGGUCGUCUGGCCUUCACUCAAGAAGACAACAUCCGAUCAGCAGACACCAGCAUUAGUGAAAACCUCAUGUCCUUCUCCUGUACCACCGACAGCAACCUCAGUAGUAACACUAACCUCUUCGGCUCCAUCAGCAAUCCUGUUGGCGGACUCAGUAGCUUUUCGAACCCAAACUAUGUAGGGUUUGAUCCAACACAGGAAAGCAGUGGUGGGCUGCUGAGCCAGGAUUACUGGCGCACUGGUGCCCUAGAUCUGGAGAGCCUCAGACACAAGGAAUUCGCCGAAAUACUUAGGACACCGCCAGACUCCGGCAUUGGCUUGGGUGUGGAAAUGGAGCGACGCACUCCACUCGAUUUUAAGUUCACUCCCGUGGAGGACUUUGUAACCUUUGACAACCAGACGGCGCGGUUCAGCAAGACUCACACUGAUGAUCACCAACCCUCUAGGACAAAUGGCGCUGCCGACAAGUCUUCUGCUGCUCCUUCCUCCAGAGUAACCUUCUCGUCAGGCCAACCCAAGAGCGGCUCUGGAGGAGGACAAGCGGGUGGACAUUCAGGCGAGAGGGACAGGGAACCCCCGCCACCUCGUAUCAACCCUUUCUUGAGGGAGGAGUCUACACUGGAGCCCAACGCGCCCAGUGCUAUGUAUAUUGUUGGUGGGAAGGAAAUGGACCAGAUGACGGCCUUCAAACGACCGAUAUCAGUAUGGAAACUUGACUUGCCGUUUUAAUGGGCGGAGUCGCUAGGGUAGCAGUGUUAUUGAGGCCGUGAUCAUGUAAUAUAGAGUUGCCUUCCAUCCAUUACAGAGAUGCAUUUUGUACAAAGAAUAUGAGGAAUCACAUUCAUUCCAAGCUUAAUCAUUCCCAGGAUAAACAUAUACAUAUAUUUUUUCCUCUUAGGUAGACGCCUGAAUGAGUAAUAUAUUUCUCACAUAUGAACGUGCGUAAUACGUAUAUCUGUCCAGGUAUCCCGUCCUGUGCUCGCGUAGCUUCAAGUCGCUAUGUAUUUCCGUCAGGAGCAGUUUAAUGUUAAUCCUCAACAUUUAGUCUCGAUGCUGUGGACCUCGUUCACCUGCAAUGUUUUAGUGCUUAUCUUUUUUGCAUGUUUGAUAGUUCUAUUGUGCAUCAGUUACUGGCAGCCUCCUGGGCGUAUCAGUUAUUCCUUAUCCUUUGCGCCACGUGAUCAUUCGUUCCUCUGCUGAUAGGGCAGGAGUCAGGAACGAGUCGGUGCAAGGCAGGUAAUGGCCUGGCAGCACCUGAAAGCCGAGGCAUUGAAUUCACAUCUUUAGUCAAACUCUCCCUGCUGCUUCCAGCCACAAUGUUUGAUUUUCUUUACAGAACAUUCGUAUGUUGUGAUUCACCUUGAAAUCAAACACCAAGUUAUAAUACCUGGCAUGCUGCAAUUUUGUUUAUCAUAAGCCAGGGUCUAUACGUUUGCAGCUUGUGACUGUUGCGGUGGCAGCAGUGAGGUGAGAGGAGGUAGCUUGGAGGAGCCCCGGGCUUUCACUGCAGAAUAAGGAAAGGAAUCAGGCCAGUCAUAGCCAGUAUCUAGUCCAUUUGCUUUUAUUGUAUACUUUGUUGUGUUUAUGGAAUGAUUAUAUUAUUCAUUAUUAUUUUAGAAAGCACCAUUAGUGUUCUGGGGAUGUUGUUAGGUCAGCCCCAAACAGGUAUGUGCCAAAGAGAAGCCGUGUGUGGGGACGGACAGAGGAGUCGUUGCCUGUACAGCGGUGUUGUAGCGGCGGCAUGCUCGUGUGUCUCAUUCUUCAGAGAAUACGAAAUGAUAACAAAGAAACAGGAACAAGGAGUGCUGGCAUUGUAUUAUUGUACAGUAUUAUGGUAUAGGUAUUCCGAUUAUACUGUGGUAACGAACUUCGUCCAAACGGAAGCCAAGUAAAGGCUGGCUAUAGUGAAGGGCGGUACGGUGGUGCUGUGUGUGCGUGCAGGACUGGCUGGAUCUGCUGUCUGUUGUGUGCUGUUUGCUGGAUUGUAUGGAUGUGUAUGUACAUGUAAAGUGUUUUGAUCACUGCCUGAUAUUUUGUUCCCUGAUAUUAUUUCCGUCUUAAACCACACACUCUUUGUUUACCUGUUGAGUCUGUCGCACUGAUAAGAUGAUGUGUGGUAGGUGUGUGACUGAAAAAAGUUUAUAAAAAAUUUGUGUACCAUACUUUAGGACUAAAUGCCUAAUCAAAGUG